AUGAGUAAUGAAAUAUCAUCAGUUGACCAUCCGAUUUGCUCUUCAUCAGUUAAAAAUAAGAAACAUACAUCCUCUAUGGAUCGUUCUUCAUCGGUGAAUUCCUACGAAGUCUUCAGAAACAACACGACAGCCGUGGAAGUAACUGUCAAGGAAAUCGCGAAUAAAAAAAACGAUCAGACCGGCAGCACGGUUAAAAGCCUUCACGAAGAAAUGAACAAAAUCAAGAGCGAAUUAAACAAAGCGAACGAUUCAAUCGGUAAAAUGAGAGAGAGCUUCAGCGUUAUCGUUUGUGAAAUGAAGAAACAGCUAGAUUUAUCGAACAAGAGAGAAUUUGAUUUGCAAACCAAAUAUUUGAAUGCUUUGUUCGAUAAAGAAAAAAUGGUAGCAUUGCUCGAAUCCAAAACUAAACUCGUGCAAAAAUUGAAAAACGAACUUAACGUAAUGAAACGCGUAUUGAAAUUUGUAAUUAAAGGUAUUCAAAAUGUACCCGAAUUUCCUGAAAGCUGUACGUGCGAAUUAGAUUUUAGUGAGCUCGACGAUGAUUUUAAGAAAGACAUUAAUGUUUCUAAAGAACUUAAUGAUUCUCGUCUUCUACAUCAAACUAAAUCAUUUGAUACAUAGAAAUAGCGCAGAGGAGACACAUUACGCAACAAAAAAAACUAAGUCUUUAUUAAUAGCCAAAAUGUUCAUAAAGUUGCAGUUCAUAAAAUGCAGCUGAUUGAUAAUAAUUUAAAUGGAAAUAAAUUGACUACUGUCGGUUUGUUGUUUUGCGAACAAGGAAUGAAACAAAAAAAAUCCGUAAAGCUAAACAGCAUUCGAUCCAACCAGUAGCUUUAGCUUAUUGCAAUGUAGUGAUAUCGAUGGAAGCAUUCGUGGCAUGCAGCGGGCCCGGGCGGUGCAUAUCCGAGUAACCGGGUCAGGCUGUGACCGGGUCAUGCGGUCAGAGCCGAGCCGGGUCUCUGAUCGGUCACCAGGUCGUCACGGAAGGCACGCCCGGUUGUGAUAAUAACUCGAGCUUCGACUCCUAUCAAAUUUUACGAGUUGAGAGUACUUUUAAUGUGGAAUAUAUAGAGAGCAGAACUAUUUAGUAGCCAACGAAUUUUUAUUGAUUAUUUAGUUCCUAAAAACAACGAAAGAUAUUUUAAAAUAUUCUAAGCUCUGUCUCCGUGGUCAAUGCAAGCUAUUUAAUUAACAAAAAUGAUGUGAGCUGUGUAAAGUUAUUAAAUUAAUUACUGCAACCUUUCCCUAAGCAGUAAGUUAAUUUGUAGUUUCGACAACGAAUAACUGCAAAAUAAAUAAAUAAAAACAAUUAGUCCGUGAACACAUCGGUUACUAUAUCAAUUCAUUUUGUUACUAUUUAUAAGUCUCAAGCUGCUAAGUCAGCUUUUGUUUUAAAUUAUUUAUUUAUAUACAACGUUAUGGGGUAAUCAAUUGCAAUCAAUUCAUUAAGAAUUUUCUAACAAUCUAACAUUAUAAACAAAUAGUAUUACAAUAUUUGAUACAGCGCAUUCAAAAUGUUUUAUUAAAUUUCAAAUUAUUACAGUUCUGACAUCGU